AGACGGCCCAGAACUGACUCUAGAACCACAACACCACCACGGUCAGCCGCUGUACGGAAUGACGCUAAACCCCCUCUUCCACCGCGUAAAACAAGUAUGUCGUCGUUAACGGCUAAGUCAGUCCCUCUGAAGCUACAGGAGAAAACUCCAGCCACGAAGAUGGAAACAAAAUGCAGGAAACUUAAAGGGGAGAAGCUAUCGGGAACGGCUGUCGUACUUGUCGCCAAAACUACCCUCGUUCGGUACUUGUCUCAGCUACUGCUCAAGGAAACCAGUGACAGUAUUUUAGUUAUGGAUGUUCCUCGCGAACUCAAAGAUUACUUCCGGGUAGGCGACCAGUGGUUGAAGGUUAAUGAUACUAUGCUGAAAAACGUCCACUUUGCCCGAGACUGUGUUCGAAUGUCAGACAAACCAGAGAUCGAGAUCACGCUAAAGAGAAUCCCGUUUGGAACAAUCUGUGACUUCCAAUGGAAUUCAGAUAAUGUUGACGACAUAGGGUUGAAACUCCAAGGAAAUGAGAUUGAGCGUGUAUCUCAAGACGGUCUGGCUCAUCGCAGAGGAUCUCUACAGUCUAACGAUACGACUUGUCUGAACAGUGCGGGCUUGAGAUGCAACUACGUCAUCACUGAGGUCAACUUUGACUGCGUCCACCCCGAUGCAUCUACGGAACAGGUAUGGGAGAUGAUCAAGAAGGCAGAGGGCAUUGUCAUUCUCAUCCUCCACCCCGUGGACUUCCGUACCGUUCAGAGGGGCUACGACAUCGACGAAAAUGACGUGUACCAAAACGUAGGUCGAUCUAGCAACAUGCGCAAUGGAACCUUUUAGAGAAGUGCUAUACAAUAGCUUACAACCACGUAACAUGACAAAUAUUGAUCUAAGAUCAUUCACUAAAGACCCUCAAAGGAGCUACAGAGGGUCUAGAACAAGUGUGUACCAGAACAAUCCCCAAUUACACGAGAACAUUAUAUCGUGAUCCAGGCCAUUAGCGUUAUGCAAUUUUAGAGGAGCUACAAAUUGGCUGACAACAGCAUGGUAAUUAUGAAAAGCUCCGAACUUAACAGGUCACUCAAUGAACACGUUGAUUCUAACUUCAGAGAAACUUCAUCAUGGAUGCACAAUGCGAAUGCAUGAUUAAACAUUUGGAUCUUAGGUUAUUCUUAUCCAAAAUGCUUCAUUGAACUUUGAGGGAGCUAC